UCCUGUGCUGAGACGGAUAGAGACAAGAUGGGAGCAAAAAUGGUGCAGCUGAACUCGCUUUCUCCGCAACUCGGUACCCAAAACCCUAAACUAUGCACUUGCCAAUCACUCCCCUUUCACCAAUCCUUUAGACCUACUGCAUUUAACCCCAAAAUCUAUACUCUUUCUCUAACCAAAACCUCCGCCGCCGCGGUGAGUAAGCUCACCGUGAAAUGCCGUCAGUCGGAGUUCUAUGAGCAGCAGCGGUUCAACUCCUCCCGGUCUCCUUCCACCGAUACUUCUUUUGCCCCGCGUUCGCCGUCGGCAUCCACCGGAGUUGGAGAAUUGCCACCUAGGGUUUUUGUUGGCCACUCCAUAUACAAAGGAAAGGCUGCUCUCACUGUGGAACCUCGAGCACCCGAGUUUGCGGCGUUAGAUUCGGGGGCUUUUAAACUAGCAAGGGAAGGAUUUGUGCUGUUACAAUUCGCGCCUGCAGCUGGUGUGCGCCAAUAUGACUGGAGCAGAAAGCAGGUGUUCUCGUUAUCUGUGACAGAAAUUGGGACUCUAAUCAGCCUUGGUGCUAGAGAUUCAUGUGAAUUUUUCCAUGAUCCUAAUAAGGGAAAAAGUGAAGAAGGCAAAAUCAGGAAGGUGUUGAAGGUAGAACCACUCCCUGAUGGCUCUGGCCACUUCUUUAACCUCAGUGUUCAAAACAAACUUCUGAAUUUGGAUGAAAGCAUUUACAUACCCAUUACAAGGGCAGAAUUCACCGUCCUCAUCUCAGCUUUUAAUUAUAUAUUGCCAUACCUGCUAGGUUGGCAUGCCUUCACAAAUUCUAUAAAACCUGAUGAUCCCAACCGUGUGAACAAUGCAAAUCCAAGGUACGGAGGGGACUAUGAAUGGAGCAGGUAGUCUCACAUUGCAAGGAUGCGUGUAACGAUAUCCCUGAACUCUGUUAUUGUAUCAAAUUUGUUGAUAGGGGCAAGUUCCUAGAAAUUUUGAUGAGUUCCAAAUUCCCCUUUUACUUAGUUGAAUGGUCAUCUGAUAGUAUGUCAUCCAGACGAUUGGUUGCCAUAUUUUGGUUUAUGAAUUAUUUAUUUUUAUGAGA